CAAUGCAUGCCAUUCCUCAACGAGCAAAAACAGCUUCAGUGAUUUUCUUCAAUGUGCGACUUUGCGAGAUAAAACAUGGCUAAUAAAACUGUCAUUCUUUGAUAUACACAAUUCAUAAAUUGUUAAUACCAAUGUGGCUGAUGAUAAUGCACGUCAAAUGUUGCCAGGUUCACUCCUAAACAAGACAUCAGCUGAGAAACGUCAAAGGGACAACUCCAACCUGAGUGAUGACUGCCGUUUACGAUAAUGACUCCUUCUUCGACUCGGACGGGGAGCAGGACAAUCAUAAAGUCAGCAGCCCAUACUUAAAAGGAGCGUAUGACCGCGGCAAAUCCCCUGUCGAUGAAGACCCCGUCAGUAAGCAUACACCAAGAAUCAAAUCCCUAACCCCUUCAACCUCUGGGAACUUCUCCGCAAAAUCAUCAGACUCAAUUAUGUCGAAUAAGAAGUCGGUACGGUCUCGUCGUUACGACGACUCGCCGUCACUUUCCCGAUCUCGGUCAAGGUCCCCGUAUAGGAGCCCGUACAGGUCGCCAGACUACUCGGACUCCUUCAACUCGGAAGACUCGGAUCAAGACUCACGCAAGGGGUCCCCCGUGAGGAAGGAGCCGAGCAGGAAGGGAAGAGUGAGGUCAGUGCAGAGAAGUAACGGGGACACGACGACUAGGUUCAAUAGCAGUACAAGUCACGAUAGUAGAUCAACGUUCAGGAGCCAUGGAGGAAGCUCAAACUAUGGCGCCAAAAACAACCGGAAUAAGAAAGCUUUCCAGAAAACCCCGAUCAAGAAACCCGCUGCUGCCAACAACACCAAGCGCUCCAACAGCAUAGCAAGCAGCCAGGCCUCACCCCGCAACACGGAGGUGCAAAAACGCAUGCUCUCCGCCAAGGGACACACCAUCAGCCGGCUCCGCAAUGAGUUCAACCAGCUACAGCAGGAGCACGAUGAGACGAUGCGCGAGAACAAACUCCUGAAGCAGCUCCAGCGCCGACAAGAGAGGGCGCUGUCCAAGUACGAUGCUGAGGAGAGCGAGCUGCCGCAGAUGCUUAAGAAGCACAGCGCGGAGCUGGAUAGCAUGCGUCGUAGAAUACGCAAGUAUCAGGAGCGCGACAAAGACCGAGAUCGACGUAUAAAGGACAAAGACGAGCAGCUCAAUCAGACCCAAGACGAGCUGAAACACAUCAAGGGCGUCGCCGAAGACAAGGGUCUACUGGAGAGGCACGAGCUCCAGCGCCGAGUCGAGCGUAUGGAGGAGAAAGUCGAGAAACGAGACAAGACGGUGAGGGAUCUGGAACGCUACGUGGCUAAUAUAAAGAAGAACCAACGACAUGAGCUCCACGAGAGACAGACCAAGGAACAAGAGCUGAUGGGUCAGAUCGAGAGAUUGGAGAUGGAGAACGAACGAUAUCAGUUACAACUCAGAGAAAAAGAAAAAGAGCUUGAAGUUCGAAACAUUUACAGCAAUCGUCUCAUCAAACCGCCUACAAAACUGAAACAGGGCGUGUCCCCGACCAACUUCAAGCCUCUCAUGGUGAGCAAGGCGACCUCCACGGCCGAGCAGCCCAAGGUGCCGCGCCCACCCCCUGAGAAGCAGCAACGGGCGCUCUCUGCGGAGGAGGCGAAACGACGAGAGGAGAAGGCGUCCAGGGUGAAAUCCCCAAAGGACGCAGGGAAGGAAGUAAAAACGGAAGACGAGAAGAAGGAACAUGGCACGGAUCUUAAACAGAAGGACGAGGAGCUCUCAGAGCAUGAGAAGAUACUCCGGGAUCUCGACAUGGGAUUCGAGAGGAAGAAAGAGACAAACGACAAUGCGGAGGCGGAGCGGAGGAGGAUGGAAGAGCGACGGGAACGGCAGGAGAGAGAGGAGAGGGAACGGAGGAAGAAGGAGGAGGAAGAGAAUGAAUUUGAGGCGAUGCGAAGGCGUGAAGAAGCGGAGAGACAAAAGAGAAGAGACGAGGAUGAAGCUGCAAAGAGGAAACAAGAAGAGGAGGCAAAGGAAAAAGAACGGAAGAAAAACGAAGAAGAGCGAGCCCGCAAACUUGACUACUCUUCAGACGAGGAUGACGACAAAGUCCCCUUCUUCGGGGACAAAAAACCUGCGGCUGCCGCAAAACCGGCGAGCUCCAGCCCCGCUUUUGCCGUGAACAGCGUGAGAGAUCUCCACAAGUAUUCCCGAGGGGACGGUAGCAAUUCAGGCAAGGACGAGGCUGGGCGGAACCAGCGAACGGAUUCCAGCGGUGCGGACAAACAGAAAGAGGAAGAUCGACUCGCCGAGGAGCGUCGCAAGAAAGAUCUAUUACUGGCCAGGAUGAAGGACAUCGAUGAGGGUGCCAAGCCCGACUCUGGCAGGAGUCGCAAGAACUACAACUUCACUCGGCCGGUCGAGAACCUCCACAACGGGAUGCCAUCCCAUCCGGAUGGCGCCCUGGCUAAUGGGAACCAGGGAAAGAAAGCCGAUAACGCGACGACCUUCGGAGGGUACGCGCCGACGUUCACAGCGCCGAAGGCACAGCCCAAACCCCCGAAGAAGUCAUUCUUUGACGAUGACGACGAUGAUAGCGGGGAUCUCUUUUCAAAACCAAAGCCAGCUGGGACCAAAAACGACACCAACAAAAAGGCGGACCUCAUGGCGGAUCUUUUCGGGAACAACGCAGACGAGGAAAAAGCUGCCAAAUCCUCAUUCAACGACGACAAGAACAUGUUUACGUCGUCCACCAAAGCCAAACCGGUCUCUUAUCCGUGGGAGAAGAAAGUUGAUGUUGGCCGAGGUUCGAAUCCUUCUGGUGGUCUAUUUGCAAGCAGUCCAACAAACAAAGCUGCCGGCAACUCAAAAGCUCCUGGUAACAUGUCACAUGACAGCUUAGAUGAUAUUGACGACAUUGAAGAAGUCAUCCUGUGAAAAGAUUCCUGUCUCAUUUUUACACUGUAACUAAAAAAAAAACUUGUGUAUUAUACAUGUAUAGAUAUAUAUUAUUUAUGAAUAUAUUAUAUCCGCAGCGUACUGUUUGUAAAUGGCGGGGCUGGGAUCAACUAAAAUCACUGAUGAAAAUUUUGUGGUAUUUCUUGUACUGUAUAAAAUGAUCAUGGUGAACACAUUUUGUUAUACUAAGUAGCUUUACAUUUAUUGGCAGUUCUUUACAGAGAGAAUAAAUUUAUAUGCCAAGUACCAGAAUUGUGAACUUAACCCUCCAAAACUCGGAAACAUUUUCCAGCAAGUUGACUUACCACCUGAAACCAUUUAUCUGCGAGAGUGUUGUCAGGCACAGAUCCAGGCUGUGGCCCAGUGGGUGUGGAUCCCCUCUUAGAUCUCGACGUCUUGACACAAAACAAUACAAAAAUUGUAUUCCUAAUUUGUUCUUGUGUGAACUUUAAGCUCGUGCCAUCACAAAAUAGUAUCCAUAAUCUCGCUACAGAUGCCAGCUUGCGACAUAAUUAUUUAUCAAGA